CACCGUCCCCACAACCAACAAACCACUUCUGGUAGAAGAUUCAAUCAAACCUCCACACAGAAAAGUUCGUACACUCUCGUACAGUUCCGAAUCCAAUGGUUGUUGCCGUCAAAGUAUUCAAGAAAACUGCACCUAAUGGUAAACUCACCGUCUAUCUGGGCAAGCGAGAUUUCAUCGACCACUUGGACCAUACCGAUCCCAUCGACGGUGUCGUUGUCGUAGAAGAUGGCUAUCUACAAGGCAGGAGGGUAUACGGUCAGGUCAUCACCGUCUACCGGUAUGGCCGUGAAGAGGACGAGGUCAUGGGCCUCAAGUUCAGCAAGGAGAUGGUCGUUGCCUCCGAACAGCUAAUACCGGCCAAGAAGAGCGUAGAAAAGGAAAACCCUACCCCUAUUCAGGAGAAGCUGCUGAAGAAGAUGGGAAGCAACGCCAUACCCUUCCUCUUCAGGUUUCCUGACAUGUCCCCUUGCUCCGUCAUCUUGCAACCCGGUGAAGAUGAUGGCGGUAAACCUUUGGGCGUGGAGUACUACGUGAAAGUGUACGCAGCAGCCAACGAAGAAGACAAGGGACAUAAGAGGAGCACCGUUACCCUGGCCAUCAAGAAACUCCAAUACGCUCCUUUCAACCGUGAAGGAACCCGCCUUCCCAGCUCUUUGGUCUCCAAAGGGUUCACCUUCUCCAGCGGUAAGAUCAACCUUGAAGUCACCUUGGACAAGGAUCUGUACUACCACGGCGAGAAAAUCGGUGCUAAUAUCAUGAUUAGUAACAACUCUAGGAAGCAGGUGCGUAACAUCAAGGUUUACGUGGUCCAGCAUUGCGAGAUCACCAUGGUCAAUGCCCAGUUCUCGAAAUACGUCGCCAGCCUGGAGACCAGAGAAGGUUGUCCGAUCACUCCUGGGGCCAGCUUCACCAAAGUCGUAUAUUUAGUGCCACUGGCCUCAAGCAACAAGGACAGACGAGGCAUAGCCUUAGACGGGCGUCUUAAAGACGACGACGUCAAUUUGGCCAGCUCCACCUUGGUGCCUGAAGGUAAAUGUCCGAUCGACGCUAUUGGUAUCGUCAUUUCUUACUCUCUUCGCGUCAAAUUAAACUGCGGCACUUUGGGAGGCGAGUUGGUGACCGAUGUACCGUUCAAACUCCUGAACCCGGCCCCUGGGAGCAUAGAAAAGGAGAGGGCCAGGGCGCUGAAGAAGACGAGGUCCAUAGAAAAGUCCAGAUACGAAAACAGUUAUACCAACGACGACGAUGACAAUAUUAUUUUCGAGGACUUCGCCAGGUUCAGGAUGAGCCGCGAAGAAGCAGAUUAGCUCGGAAAAUUGAGAUAAAAAAAAAUGAAAAAUUGUUAAAAACCAAAAAAAAAGGACGUAGGAACCAAAGAAGCAAACUUACUAAUAUAUUGGAGAUUCUCUCAGAAGUGACUUUCAAAUUUGAAUUUCUUUCAGUUGCUGGUCGAUUUUUCGAUGAUCAUUAGACCAAAUGAAGUAUUAAGUAGCUAUUUAUUGGAAUUUGUGUAUUAUAUCACUGCAUUAUCUGUAGAUUUAGAUGAUAUUGUUUAGCUUUACGCAUGAAAAAUAAUAACAGAUAAUUGAGAUAA